CAAACUUCUCCCUUCUCCUCUUCCUUCUUCUUCUAUUCUGCUUGUUCAUUUUACACUUGUUCUUCUCCAUCUUCAGCCAUGUCUGAAGACCAAAGAGAUCUCCACUACCAUGAUCCAUUCCAUGAUGAUCAAAGAACUAGUGAGACUCUUUUUUCAUUCUUUGGCCCCAAUUCCACAGUUAGAGACGAUUCGUCACCACCAAAUCAUCAAAGAUUUCAUGACUACAUGGGGUUAUCUCACUUCUUCAAUGGAUCUACUGGUUAUAACACAUCUGCAACAACGUUUGGUUACUCAUCUUCUUCAUCACAACAAGUUUUUUCUCUUCAUGAUGACCAAAACCCCGUGCCUAUUCCUGGAAAUUUGGUUGGUGUGACUGAGAUGACUCCUGUAACACCCAACUCUUCUUCGGUUCGUUCUUCAUCUACUGAUGCUGCUGAUGAUGAGCACGAGCUCAAUGAAGGUAAGAAGGAGAAUCGAACUAAAAGCAUACCUGAAGAUGUAGAAGACAGCCCUAAGAAAGUGUCUAAGCAAAAGAAGAAAGAAGAAAAGAAGCAAAGAGAACCACGGUUUGCCUUUAUGACAAAGAGUGAUAUUGAUCAUCUUGAAGACGGAUAUCGAUGGAGGAAAUAUGGACAGAAAGCUGUAAAGAAUAGCCCUUAUCCCAGAAGCUACUACCGAUGCACAACUCAAAAGUGCACAGUAAAGAAGCGGGUGGAAAGAUCGUAUCAAGAUCCAUCCACCGUGAUCACUACGUAUGAAGGGCAACACAACCACCACUUGCCAGCAACACUGAGAGGAAAUGUUGGUGGAAUGCUGUAUCCACCAUCUAUGAUGGUGGCACAAGGUGCGAUGAUGGCAGGUUCUGGCGGCGGCUCAAGCUUCUCUAACGAGUUUCUGGCACAGAUACCUCACGGUUUCUACAAUUCUGGUGGUGGUGGCGGCGGAGGGGGCGGUGGAGGAGUUGGAGGUGGAUUAUUGAACUACAAUCAAACCACCCUAACCCCACUUCAGCAGCUUCAGAUUCCUGAUUAUGGGCUUUUACAAGAUAUGGUCCCAUCUAUGACUUUUAAACAAGAACCCUAAAUUCAAUCAAUCAUGCAUCUCACCCCACCCUCACCCUCACCCCGACCCCUACCUCAUGCUAUACAACCUCUGACCUUUCCCCUUUGACUUUCACUAUUUCAUUCAUGGAUGGGUGUUCUUUUUGCAGUUGAGAGAUCACCCCCCAUGAAUCUUAGAUCAUGUCUCUCUCUGCACACACAGAUAUACAACAACACCUACUUAUUUAAAUUAUGUAAUUACACUGCUUGGUGCACGCACC